AUGGGAAAUGGGGGAGGGCCGUGGGGAAAGACCGCCCCGGGGCUCCCACAGCUCGUCCGGGAGAUCCGCGUGAGCAGCGUCCACGAGGGCUUCGCCUUCCCCCGCGCGCAGCUGACACGGGGGGAGUUGAAGCUGCUCCGGCAGCUCUGCCAGGCCUACGGCCUUCAACUGCGGCUCACGGCCGAAAAGGCCACGGCGCGGCGGCUGCUUGGCGUCUCCUCCGGCGGGGGACUUUCGCCGGGGCUACGGCCCGCGGCGCCCUCACCCUCGGCGACGCCGAGUUGGGCCCCUCUCACCCCCGCCCCUCUCCGCCCGAUGGAUUUUAAGGGGAUCCGCCACUGGAAGGAGAUUCGGGGUCAGACUAACAUGCUCGGAAUUGUACGGCCUCUCGGGCCGGAGGACGGCCUCCCAUCCUUCGCUGCCGGCCGCGGUAGGCCGGUUUAA